CCCGGGAGGCCGUCCGUGCGCCGGCCAGGUCCCCGGCUUGGGCCUCCACUCAGGCCCGUACUCCGGGCGCGGCCCUGGCGGUCCAGCGCGGUAAGAAGUAGGGAGCACGUCUGCGCGGCCUGGCCCAGACGAAACGCGCGAGGGACGCCGGGGUCGCACGGCCGGAGUCCUCUCAGCAGCCCGCCAGCCCAAGGCGGCGCGGCGGAACCCCAGCUGUGGCCAGAGGUUUGGGGCGCCCCGAAACGAGGGCAGAAGAGGAGUCCCCGGUUGCCGCGUGGGUCCGCCCUUUGCGCGAUAGAAUCUCCAGAAUCUGGUCUCCAGGAACAUUAUUCUAAUCUGUGUAUGGAAAAAUCCCAGAAAAUUAAUCCUUUUAUAUUGCAUAUACUUCAAAAAGUGGAUGAAGAAAUUAAAAAGGGGCUAGCAGCAGGAAUCACAUUAAACAUUGCUGGUAACAACCGCUUAGUGCCAGUAGAAAGAGUUACAGGUGAAGAUUUUUGGAUUCUUUCCAAAAUUUUAAAGAAUUGUCUGUAUAUUAAUGGUCUGGAUGUUGGAUAUAACCUUCUAUGUGAUGUUGGUGCGUACUAUGCUACGAAACUGCUUCAGAAACAACUUAAUCUCAUUUACUUAAACCUCAUGUUUAAUGAUAUUGGGCCUGAAGGUGGAGAAUUGAUUGCUAAAGUGCUGCAUAAGAAUCAGACUCUGAAAUACCUAAGAAUGACUGGAAACAAAAUUGAAAAUAAAGGUGGAAUGUUUUUUGCUGCAAUGCUGCAAAUUAAUUCAUCCUUAGAGAAAUUAGAUCUGGGUGACUGUGAUCUGGGAAUGCAAAGUGUGAUAGCAUUUGCUACAGUACUAACUCGAAACCAAGCAAUUAAGGCAAUAAACCUAAACCGACCUAUACUGUAUGGUGAACAGGAAGAAUCUACAGUCCAUGUAGGCCGCAUGUUGAAAGAAAAUCACUGUCUUGUUGCACUACACAUGUGUAAGCAUGAUAUAAAAAACAGUGGUAUACAACAGUUAUGUGAUGCACUGUAUCUGAACAAUAGCCUGCGCUACCUUGAUGUCAGCUGCAACAAAAUAACUCAUGAUGGAAUGGUGUAUUUGGCUGAUGUACUGAAAAGCAACACUACCCUGGAAGUAAUAGAUCUUUCCUUUAACAGAAUAGAAAAUGCAGGCGCAAACUAUCUCAGUGAAACUCUCACUUCACACAACAGGAGUCUUAAAGCGUUGUCAGUAGUCAGCAACAACAUAGAGGGAGAAGGACUUGUUGCACUUUCACAAUCAAUGAAAACAAAUCUCACUUUCUCUCAUAUCUACAUUUGGGGAAACAAAUUUGAUGAGGCUACGUGUGUAGCAUAUUCACACUUAAUUCAAAUGGGUUGUCUAAAACCAGACAAUACAGAUGUGGAGCCAUUUGUGGUAGAUGGACGCGUAUAUCUUGCAGAAGUCUCCAAUGGCCUUAAAAAGCAUUAUUAUUGGACAUCAACUUAUGGAGAAUCUUAUGACCACUCAUCUAAUGCAGGUUUUGCUCUUGUUCCAGUAGGUCAACAGCCAUGAAAAAGCUCUAAAAUAAUUUUCAUACAUUUGUCUUAUUGUUUCACAGAGAUUAAUAUUCUAUAGCCUGUUUUCUUUUACAAAUUAAAACAAGUCACUUUUUUCAAAUGUGUAAAAGAUACUAACUUUUUAACUGUAUUAAACUUUGCAUAACUGUCUAUUGCGAAAAACUGAGUAGGGUAAUUUUUUAAAAGAAAUUUUACAAUAUAGAGGCUAAAAUUCUAACCCUGGAGAAAGAGGCCAAGGAACUAGACUAAAUUUCUUUUUAUAAUGAAAAUAUAACCAAGUAGUGAACUAGCAUGCAAGUAAAGGUCAUUGUAGGUAUCUCACUGAAAGUUAUUAAGUAGUAUCAAUAAAAAGGUUUGUAGUAGAAAAUUAUCAGUGACUUUCAAAGGGUUUCAAAGUUCAGAAGCUGAAAAAGUAUUCUACCUAUCCUAUUUACGUGUUACAGACAGAUGUUAAUAACAAUUUCAUAAAUACAGGCAAGUAUAUAUAAACAUAUACAUACCCCUUUCCCAACAAGUCAGUGCUGCCAGCUUCUCCCACUCUCAUCUCAUAGAUAACCACUAUCCUGACUUCUAACCCCACAGAGUAGUUUUGCCUGUUCUUGACCUUUAUAUAAAUGGAAGCAUACAGUAUA